AUGGCCGUGCCGCUCGAGACUGUUCCAUGUCACGAGAUAGCUCUGGCAUGUCUCAUACGCAGUCGUGUAGAAGCAGACGCUCUGCCCCGAGCUCUCAGGUUUGCCGUGCUAGACUUUUGUUUCACCAUACUCGAGACAAAAACAGGCAGCCUGAGCUUCCACAAUUUCAUGGACAGGCUUCGUAGCGCCACCGAACAUUGCUCAAGAGAAGACAUCAAGACUCUCUACACUGCCUUCCAAAACGAGCUGAAAACAUGCGACGAUGAAGAUGGCCUGCACUACAUGAUGACCUAUUUUUUUGUCAUACAAAAUGACUACACGCCACUCAUUCCUCUGACACCAGCAUCUUAUCUCGGUACAUUUAUGCGCAAGCUUCAUCUUCAUUUCAAGGAGCUCGCCUUUCACCAGCUUGCAAGCACGACAGACCGCUUCCGAAACUGGCUGCAAAAUCUCGAGACACGUAGCGAUGUACAAAGUGGCACACAAGAUCUCAAGAGCCUGCAUGGCUUCCACGCCCAGCGCGUAGCGAAACUAUAUGGAAUGCCGCAUCCUGGCAUCGACAGGGCACUCGAACGACACGGUGAGGAGGCAGCCUCGGACGUGGAGCAAAGCUACACGCAAUUCCUUGCCGCUUGGAAACGAGGCGACUAUAGCACAUCCAUCGAAAGUCUAUCUCGCUACUUUGACUAUGCUCUCGGAGACGCAGGUCGUUCUUCCUACCAAUAUGCACUGCUAAAUCUUGCUUUACUACAAGCUGAUUUUGGUUGCAUCAAGGAAGCAUUGUGGGCUAUUCACGAAACGAUUGAUGCCGCUCGUGAUGCAAAGGACGACAUCUGCCUCAAUUUUGCGCUUUCAUGGCUAUCGAGCCUAUCCGAUACUGGUGCACUCAAGGAUGAACCAGGCUUGCAGGCCCUCAAGGCAGAUAACCAUGUCAUUCGCCGAGCCCACAAAAAUCACCUCCCAAAGAUUGAAGCUGCUGCAUAUCUCGCGCGAAGUCAAGCGAGUAGUGGCGGUGAUAGCUAUAUCAAUCUCUUGAAAAGCCAACGAGCCAUCCUCGACUCGGACGAUAGUCUUGGCAUGGACCAAUUUUUGGCCAUGUCGACGUUAUGGCAGUCGAUGGAUUGUUUGCCUCUCUGUGAUUUAUUCCUGUCGUUGGCGUGCUCUAUGCAUGCUCCGGAUGAUUCUGCUGUGCAUGCGCAGCUACUGUGUGCCAUGGCACGAAGACUGCGAAUCCUCGGAAGGCAAGAGGAAGCGGCUGUUGACUGUUCAGGAGGCACUGUUCAGUAUAGAGGACAAGGACGCUAUGGAGCUGCCACUCUCACAGGAAGAGGUGUGCCUGGAGGACAUGGCCAUCAAGCACGACCCAACAGCUGUGGCACCGCGAAUCCAUCGUGCAUUGAAGCGUCAGGAACUACAAAGCGCAUGGCCGUCGUUGAAGACGCUGAAAACUGUCAAGCAGACACCACGCAUCAAGUCACUGGUUCUCCAGCUUGA